UCUCACAUGGGUUUGCCGACGGGAAGCAAUUUGAGGGGAUUCCGAGUAAAGUCGGAAUAAAUUUCAGUCACUCAACAAAGCGAUUCACAUGAUUUUUAGAAAGCAAAGUAUAAGAUCGAACGAGAGAGUAGAAGGAUUAAGAAGAGAAAGAUAAGGAAUUUUAGAAACCAUGGGAGGUUAUGUGUUGGGUUCGGCCAGAUCGGGGCAGAUGAUAAUGGUGGCUCUGGUUCUAAUGGUUGGAUCAUUCUACGCUGGCUCUAUCUUCGGAAACAAUUCGCCUAUUUACAUUUCCCAACCAUCUUCUUCUUCCAAUUCUUCUUCUUCUUCUCCACCAUCGCAAUCUGGUCCAUCGAAUUUUGAUAACAAAAUUGAGCUUACUUACCGGAGAGCUCCUGUUUCCAUCCCUGAGAGUGGGGUGAAUGUUUGCCCUUUGAAGUUCAAUGAGUAUAUCCCUUGCCACAAUGUCACUUAUGUUCAAGAGCUUCUCCCAAGUUUGAAUGUCUCCAGAAGAGAAGAGCUUGAGAGACACUGCCCGCCACUUGAACAGCGUCUGUUUUGUCUAUUGCCUCCGCCAAAGGAUUAUAAGAUACCAAUACGAUGGCCUACCAGCAGGGAUUACGUAUGGAGAAGCAAUGUGAAUCAUACUCAUCUUGCUGAAGUGAAAGGCGGGCAAAAUUGGGUGCAUGAACAAGGUCAGUUAUGGUGGUUCCCUGGUGGUGGUACUCAUUUCAAACACGGUGCUCCAGAAUACAUCCAAAGGUUAGGAAACAUGACAACGAACGAAACAGGGGACCUACGUUCAGCUGGUGUUGAACAAGUUCUUGAUGUUGGCUGUGGAGUUGCCAGCUUUGCAGCUUAUCUUCUUCCUUUAGGUAUCCAGACAAUGUCCUUUGCUCCUAAAGAUGGUCAUGAAAACCAAAUUCAGUUUGCAUUGGAGAGAGGAAUCGGUGCAAUGAUCUCUGCCAUAGCCACUAAACAAAUGCCAUAUCCCGCAGCCUCAUUUGAUAUGGUUCAUUGUUCAAGAUGCCGUGUUGAUUGGCAUGAAAAUGAUGGUAUCUUGAUCAAAGAGGUUAAUCGUCUUCUCCGACCCAAUGGAUACUUUGUUUAUUCAGCACCACCUGCUUACAGAAAGGAUAAAGAUUUCCCUAUGAUUUGGGAUAAGUUGGUGAAUCUAACUACCGCGAUGUGCUGGAAGCUCAUUUCCCGAAAGGUACAGACUGCAAUAUGGGUUAAAGAAGAUGACGAAGCUUGCCUUAGGAAGAAUGCAGAGCUAGAGCUUAUUACUAUAUGUGAUGAGGAAGAUGCUUCAAAAGCUUCAUGGAAAGUUCCUCUUAGAGACUGUGUGGACGUUAGUGAAAGCGUACAACAAAAAUCUUCUUCUUUAGCUGAACGUCUAUCGGCGUAUCCGACAAGUCUAAGAAAAAUAGGCAUCAGCGAAGAGGAGUUUGCAUUGGACACAAACUUCUGGAGAGAACAAGUGAAUCGUUACUGGGAGCUAAUGAAUGUCAACAAGUCUGAAGUGCGAAAUGUGAUGGACACAAACGCGUUCCUUGGUGGAUUUGCUGCAGCUAUGAACUCAUAUCCUGUUUGGGUCAUGAACGUUGUACCUGCUACAAUGAAUGAUACCUUAUCCGGAAUUUACCAGAGAGGCUUAACCGGUGCAUAUCAUGAUUGGUGUGAGCCGUUUUCAACAUAUCCUCGUACAUAUGAUAUGCUACACGCGGACCAUCUCUUGUCUCACUAUAAAAGCCAAGGUGAUGGUUGUAUACUAGAGGACAUCAUGCUUGAGAUGGACCGCAUCAUACGCCCUCAGGGGUUCAUCAUUAUCAGAGACGAAGAAUCGAUCAUCUCAAGAGUUGGAGACUUAGCUCCAAAAUUCCUUUGGGAAGUUGAAACACACGAGCUUCAAGACAGAUACAAGAAGACUGAAACUGUUCUAUUUUGCAGAAAGAAAUUUUGGGCAAUCGUUUGAAACAUCUAUUUGUGUAAUAGAAGCAUAGAAAUUUAACUUCUCAUUGGUUAUUAAGAGAAAGAAAUGACAGGAUUACUUAAAUGUUAUGUAAUGUUUGUUCAUUGAUUUGACCGUAAUAGAUGUCUCAUUGUACAUC